CCUCAGAAUACAUAGAUGUAAUUUGUUGUUCUAAGUGGCCUUUCAGAAGACAGUUCAGUUUUUACAGUCUGCAUUUAAGGUAUGCACAGCAACAAUGUUGCUUAGAAAUCUGUAAUAAAAACAUUGCCUAUCUAGAGCAUGUGUGGACUUUUAUGAAUCUGGAACUCCAUUUUUGAGUUUCACGGAACCUGCAAUAAAAGUGUCAACAGCUAAGCUGAAUGAACCAAGCCUGAGUGAGACUCUAGGCAAGCUUACUUGGCAACUGGGGUACUGUCAGCUGUCUGUUCUGUGAGGGCAGUCAAUAAGCUGCUGGAAGAUAGGGCCAUUAGGCCUUCAGCUGUAGGGGGAGUUUUACUCCACGAGGAGCUAUGGAAAGUGCUAGUCUGCCUGAAUGAAGCGUCUUUUGAAUUUGCCUAACAGGGAAAAAUUAUUUGGGCUGUCCUGGCAGACAAAUAAAUACUCUCUUGGUGGCUUCCCGUCCAUCAAGAACUGACCAAAUGCUUCAUAGUAACUCAGUAAGGAGCUAGUAGACAGUGUUAAAAUCUAAAUAGCUGUACAAGUCACUUUUAAAAGCAUCCCCUAAACUGCUUUUAGGUUAAUUGCCUUAAAAGAGAAGUAUAGAUAAAAGUCUUAUUUAAAAGGUCUCUCUUCGAAUGCUUUUUCUCAAAACUUAGAUGCAGCAAGCUGAGUUCAAGUCUGAACUACAAAAGUAAAAUAAAAUUUUGUUAUACUGGGCUCAGUGCCAGCUUCACAGAUGCACUCAUUGCUACCCGUGUAAAAAUGUUACAGAUCUAGUACAGUUCUUUAAUAUGCACUGGCAGCUGUACGUGAGGCUAUUUUAAACAAUAAUCUUCAAAAAUAAUUUUCUGUUGAGACUUUGCAGCACUUUUCUCUUGUAGGUGUUUCGUAAUACAAGAAAACAAUCAGCCAAACUCAUGUUAAUAGCAGUAUUCUCAGCAGUACAUAGCAGUAUUCAGCAGAAUUCAUUCUCACCUUCCUCUUUUUUAGCUCGAGGUAAAUGAUUCAGAUAUACACUUUUUUAUGGGAAUACAAAGCAUUUACAUGCUGAUACCAAAUUACAGUCUCAGCCCUAGCUUGAAGGAAUUUUGGAGUGGAAAUUAGUAUUUAGAACUGCUAUUUUUCUUUAAAAAUGCAUUUUAUAAGAAACAUAAAAGUGCAUUUAGGUUACAUUAGCUAUUUAUAUUUUUAGGUGGGAGUGACAGGAAAAUUAACAUGCUAGUAUAAAAACAUGCAAUUUGCAAGCAAAACCUUUAGAGGCACCCCAAGCGUUCAAACAGCAGGCUCGCAAAGAUAAAGGAGCAGAAGGCAAAGUGUGUCCCCCCCCGGCUUCAGCCUUCUCUGAAUUGAAAUCCAGUCCAGAACAACGCUGGGUAGCGCUGCCCGCACACUGUGCACCCCUCAGCGCUGCCCAGGGGGCUCGCUGAGCCGGGAGGGCAGGGAAGGCGCUGCCCUCCCCUCGGUUAACUUCUCACAAAGGGGGCUUGCGACUGGGGAGCCGUUUCGGAGCUGGGGGAGCGAGCCUGCGAAGGGCUGCCCGGCCCCCCGCCGCGCCGAGACCCCCCCUCAGCGGGGCGGUACCAGCGAGAGGCCCCCCCCAGCCCGAAGCGGGCACCUCAGCGCCGGGGGCCGGGCGCCGUUCCCCGCCCGAGGCGGCCGCUCAACGGCUCCGCCGCCGCUGGGCGCCGAGGCCCGGCCUUCCUGCCCUGCCUCCCCUCCCUCCCGGCCGCCUCGGAGGCGGGGCGCCGGCGUUCCGGUAGCGGCGGCGGCGGCAGCGGCAGCGAGCAUGUCCUCGAGCAGGGCCAAGAAAGUGAAGAUGGCCACCAAGUCCUGCCCCGAGUGCGACCAGCAGGUUCCUGUUGCAUGCAAAUCAUGUCCCUGUGGCUACAUAUUUAUUAGUCGAAAGCUCUUGCAUGCGAAACGUGCUGAGAGAUCACCACCCAUUGCAGAAAACAAGAGUGAGGCCAAAAGGAGACGAACCGAGAGAGUUAAGCGAGAGAAGAUAAAUUCUGCAGUAAAUAAAGAUUUAGAAAACCGAAAGAGAUCAAGGUCUAACAGCCAUUCAGAUCAUAGCAGACGAGGAAGAGGAAGACCUAAGAGUGCCUCAGCCAAAAAGCAUGAGGAAGAAAGAGGGAAGAAGAAAAAAGAAACAAACGAAAAACAAACAAAAAAGUUGCUUUCACUGAAGUUGUCUAAUUUCAAGUUCAAAACACGAUUCUCAAGAAUCGCUUGGUAUCAUCAUGCAGCAUUCUCCAGGAAAGAGUCAGGUACCCUUUCCUCUUUUCCUUCUGCCCCUGCAAGCUGCUUGUGGUGGUUCUUAGCUUUGCAAAUAGAACUUGAGCUCCAUCUUAAGAAAGUUAGUUUACUGCCUUCAGUCUUCUACUGUGAUUUCUAUUGUGACUUAGUCUUUAAUUCUGUCAUCAGGAUACUAUUUUUAGUGCUGGACAGCACUGAAGGCCAUAAUAUGUUGUUAAGAACAGUGAUUGUUCCAGAUACUGGGAGUACAAACAUAGGCCAGCAAUCUUCCAAGUCUCAGAGGGUUUUAUUCUGUUUUGGAAUGAAGAGCUUUUGAAUGUUUUACUGAAUAUGUCCUGCUAAUAAAGAAAAAUCUUCAGACUGA